CAUGCGCAUACCUCGCAUCUUCCUGCAAAUGACUCGAAAUGGGCAGCAUUGGAUUGUUGUAUUGAAUCAAGCUAUAUUUGUGUCUGAAAUUCGCCCUGCUUCAUCUACUGUCUCCUACGUUUGCCGCGACAACGAACCCAAAUGUCGGAAUAACGGGGGGAAAUGCGACUUUGCGCUCAGUCAUCUAGCUAACAAGCUAACCAGCUAGCAGCAUCAUCAGCUGAUUGUAGACAUCAGUGUCGGUGAGACUGCUCGCUGGGAAAUGUAUGUUUUCUACACAAUUCUCGCAUCUUUAGUUUUUUUCUUCAUUCUGAAAUGGACGAAAAAGAGGAGAUAUUUCACCGACCUGAAAAGACUUGAUGGUAAAACAGUUCUUAUAACAGGUGGUAAUUCAGGUAUAGGUAAGGAGACCGCUGUUGCCUUGGCACUGAGAGGCGCCCGUGUCGUCAUCGCUUGCAGAGACCCGGACAAGGCCGAGACGGCUGUCAGAGAGAUCAAGUUAAAGAGUCACAGUCUGAACGUCCUUCACAUGCAGCUGGAUCUGGCCAACCUGCGCUCAGUGAGGGAAUUCUGUAAGAACUUUCUCCAGAAAGAGAAGAGGCUUGAUAUCCUGAUCAAUAAUGCAGGCAUGCCCAGCAUCCUUGACUGGACGGAUGAUGGCUUCAGCAUGUGUUUUGGCGUCAACCACUUGGGGCACUUCCUUCUAACCAACCUGCUUCUUCCUCGCCUGAAGGAGUGUGCCCCCAGCCGGGUGGUGACCCUCACAUGCUCCACUUACAAAUACCAGAAAUUGGACUUCCAGGACCUCAAUUACAACUUGCUUCCCUUCUUCACCUACUGCCGCAGCAAGCUGGCGAAUAUCUACUUCAGUCAGGAACUGGGUCGCAUCACUGACGGGAAAGGAGUGACUUCAUAUGCUGUGCACCCUGGUUUUGUGCAAAGCAGCUGGACAUGCCACUACUCUUUCCUGUUCCGGAUGCUGAUGCAGGUGAUCAUGUGGAUGUUUUUUGUGCCGUGUGAGAUUGGAGCUCAGACUGUCAUCUACUGUGCCGUGUCAGAUGAAGCUGCCAAACACAGCGGGGGGUACUUCGUCGACUGCCGACCUGCAGUGCUCCGCCCUUUUGCAAAAGAUGCAGGUGUGGCCAAAAAGCUGUGGGAGGCCAGUGAGAGACUGGUGAAGCUGGCUUAACUGAGGAAUCUGAAGGCACUUUUGAAAUGACCUCACCCCUUCUUGUCCUUUUUCUAUAUUAUUUAAGCAGAUUUUGUUAUGUUUUCGUGAACAUUUUGCUGUGUAAAUUCUCUUUUAUGUACUUGUGUAUUUCAAGUGAAAUACUUUAUUUUACAAACACAAAUUUUUGUGGAAGACUUACUCUGCCUUAUUUCUCUUGCAUUUGUACAUGAAUAUUAAUUUAAUGAAUAAGUGACUUCAUGGUUUAAACACUUGAUUUAUAGCAUAAUGUAUGUGGUGAUUGUUCAAACAGAACGGGUUAUAUUUUGAUAAAGCAACCACAAUAGUAUUAGAUAUCUAUCUGUAUUAAAGGCUCUUCAUAGGGAGUGUUACAGUUUUUAAAUUGUUAAUGAAUCAACUUGCACCCUGGGCUGUUAAGAAGAUGUGGUGUCAGUUUUCCUCCAGGGAAGCUAAUUUGAGGACUCUCAACUUUGCUGAAUGGAGCUCCAGACCAUAAAAACACAAACACUGUAAAUCAAACAAAGAGAUAAGUAGCGAGUCGAUUGAAAAGGAUAUUUCAAAUAUAAGAAGCAAGUGGUGACAACACUGGAGAAAGACGGAUGAAGAAUGGUGCUUUACUGCUGUGGAACAAGAACAAGCUUGUGCACGCAUAUAAAGCAGUCUGACCACCUAAACAAUAUCAAGGCUGAUUUGCUAACUCUCAUUUCUUGCUUAAAUUAUAUUUAAUUAGCAAAAACUCAUCUGAAUUUGUGUGGACAUCAUUUCUCUGUGUUUAUAUCCACCAGGUAAAGCAAAGCUAAAACUUCCCUUACAGAUUGUUUUAGGGGUAAAUUCACCAUCAGUUUGUUAACAUUUAGAGUUUUUUCAUUUCUUGUUUCUUGGUAAAAUGUAUUUUAAGUUAUUUUUUGUUUAGAAGUAGCUUUUUAUCCAUACAUGCACUGCAUAUGAGAAGCUUGGAAGCACUUAGGCCUUAAAACUUUUGGUUGGUUUUUAAAAAGCAAAGAAUGUCUAUAUUCGAUCAUAUAUUACCAGGCAAUAAAUACAGUGAGAAGUUAGUGUAUGUUAAAUUCACUUUUAAAAAAAGGUAAUGAGGGGAGCACAUAGAAAAUCAACCAAUUUAUACAACUGGGAAAUAAAUUAGUAACACAAACUAAAGGGAAAUACAUGAGGAGUCUGUUGUUUAUUAAGAUGCUGCAUACAGCAAAGAUCAGGAUAUUAAAGCUGUCAGUACUAAAACUA